CACAAUAAUAAAUUGACACUGUAUAAUGGAUUAACAGUUUGGCUUUUAGGCUACCAAUGUUGCUAACACUCUAUAUUGUGAGAAAAUCGAGGAUAUUAAAUUAGUGAAUACAAUUCGGAUAAGAUCAGACGUUUGAAAGGUUACACACUUUAUGUGAAAAUAUUAGAAAAUGGCAGACAAACAAAUAAAUCCAAGUAUUCAAAGAUGUACAACAAUGGAUUCUCUAUCUAUAGAAGGACCAGAAUUACCUAAACCUAAUUCCGAAAGUCCAACAGAGCCACCGAGAAGAAUUAGCAAGUCUGUUUCCAUGGAUUCUGGAGAAACUGAAGUUUUUACAAACUCGGCGAUUUCAGCUUCAGGAUCAUUCAGACGCCGGUCUGUUAGGAGACGAUGUAGCAAGCGUUUAAAUAGACCCGAACCAGAAUUUGGACAUGAUGCCGAAACGUACAAGAAAAUUGAAGAACGGGUUCUGCAGGAACGUGCCGUAACGAACGCAAUUGACACUUUACAGGAACGCUGGAGAAUGAUAAUGUUUAUGUUUAAUGAUUGUGUUAAAUUGAAUGAGAGAAAAGGAGAACGAAAAUUGAAAAAGCUUAGUGUACAAAGACAGUUUGAACUAGUUUUGAUGGUAUGUGUAUUCGUGCUGAUAUGCUUACCGAUAUCCGCGGUCUUUGUUUUAAUAAACAGAUAGUAAAGGCAUUAUUAUAAGAGAAUGAGAAUUUGAGCUUAAAAUGACUCAAUGUGCACAUGCAUAUUUCAACAUAUAAAUAAACACUUUAAACAGUAUAUAUUUAAUAGCGCGUAAUGUUUAAUGUCGUAUAACAAUGCAGGACGCUUACUUGCAAAAUACAUUUACAAUUAAUCAGAUAUUUUGAAAUACUCAUGACACUUACCUUUCAGAAUUGCCGGACCUUCCAUGGCCCAUUUAUCUUUUUAUUGGUAUUAGUUUUCUGUUUUUUUUUUGUUUUUUUUU